AUGGCCCAUUCCCAUCCCAACCCUCGUGAAAUGGAUGUGGCCCGUUCUCUCGUCAACCUAGCUCAUGACUCUGAAGGAAACAGGAACACAAACCAGAACGUCAACGAGAACGUGGGCACCCAGACUCGGUUUUAUCCCCAGCAGCAAGCUUUCAGCUUGAGAACCGCAAGGCGCGGAUCUCAGAAUAGAGUGAUCAUGACAGAGCCCGGAGAGGGGCCAAACGGCGCACCCCUCGGUCAUGCACAUAGCAACAACUACACCGGACAGCGCGCCCAGGCGAUAAAUCCUGUGCCCGCUCCGGCUCAUACGGCAACUGGAGGGAGCGCCCUGCGAGGACACCUCAUACGACAGCAGCUCCUGGCCGGCAUUGCGCCGGAAAACGUCGUUACCAUUGACCGGCACCGUCAAGCAAAUCCCAUUGCCAACAUCAACAGCCAAGAGACUCCUUCGUUGAUCCAUAUCACCAAUCAAGGCGUGUAUUUCCCUCCUGUGCCCCCUGCGACCUACAUACCUCCAACUGCCUACCCCAUCCCAGACAACCCUUUGGUGAAAGAAGAAAUACCCGUUGGGCAGCACUUGCAAGUACCCCAGGAGAGGCAUUUCAGACAAAGACCGACUUUUGAACGACCUCCUGCUUUUGCUGCAAAUAUGAUAAGAAACAACUUUGGUGCAUACGGAGCUCAGGAGCACCAGUAUGCAGGGUCUAUGAAUAGCUUCCCUGCAAACGUUGGUGGUUACCCUCACGGUGCAUACAUGCCUCCAGGAUACUUUCAGCCCCCUGCGGAUCCAUUCAACCCACACCCAGGAUACUAUGGUCAUACCACGUUUCCGCCCGUGAAGACUGAGCCUGAUGUAGAGUCCCACUGCUACAUGCCUCCAGAUAACCAGACACAUAUCUUUGGUCCGGCGUUCGCUGGAAACGCCCAUCUUGCUCACGGUAUCCCCAACAUGAAACGCGAGAGCUACUCCCGGCCGACCCCGAUACAGAGAGCUCCAUUCCAGUACCCAGUCCCGGGUUACGGAAUGGUAAACGAGCACGGCAGAGGUGCGCCUCGGACUAUGCAAAGUGCUAACCAAACUCAUUUCAUCGGUGGAAGACAUCUUGAGCAGCCUCAGGCACUUACACUUGAACGUCCAUCUGGUUCCACGCAAAGCACUAAGACCGUCAUUAAAGAGGAACCUAUGAUGGAACCUCAAGGAGUUAUGCCAGAAGUCAUUAUUCAAGAGGCCUCUCACAGCUUCAACAUCCUAAGUGCUCUUCUCAAACACCCGGAAACUGCCAUACUUAUGACCGGCGAACUCCGUGUCCAGGACCUCAUCAGCCUGCAGACAACAUCCAAGGCAUGCAAUGCGUUUGUGAUCAAGUACCUUCCGAAGAUUAUCCGCCUCCAAACCCUACGCCGGUCCCGUGUGGCGUCUCACAUAUUCCCCUGGCGCUGUUAUCGGAAGCUACUGUUCAAGCGAGUAGCUGGACAGGAUGAGAAUGUCCCAGUUCCCGUGUCAAAUCCGGAUGGCUCAGUCCUCGCCUAUACCGCUUCAUUCCGCUGGCUUCAGAUGGUUAGAUCCCGCGACCAAACAAUCCACACAAUCCUCAUCGCGCUUAGAAACGCUGGAUUUGGCUUUCCUCCCCGGUACAAGUUUGCCAUUUACAAACUGUGGUUUCUGAUGGACAUCCCUGAUACACGGCGUCGCGAGUGGACCGUCGCGAAUCGGAACCUCUGGACAGACCUCGAUAUCUUCAUGGCUAUUUUCUUCAUUGUUCGCAUUGACAUGUUCGUCAAGGUCGUGCGCGGAAACCUAACCGGCGGCCAGCGACGUCUUAUCAUGGCUCAACGCAGUCUAAAUCUUUGUCGUGAUAUGUUGACUGGCCGUGCCGUAAGGGACGAUAUAGAGCUUCUCAGCGAGCUCAUUCGCUGGCGGUACAAUGCUUACCCUGGCGAAGAGCUUGGGGAUGAGGUCCUCGGUGUGCCGGUUGCUGAGAUCGGUUCUCUGCAGUAUGAAGGAUACGGCAAAGGUCGCGAACAGAACAGAAAGAUACGACGCCCAGAUGAGAUUAUCCUCAGGGAGGCUCGCAGGAGGCGCCUUGACGCCCAUCAGCUGUACGUGCGGAUCUUUGUUCAUGGCCAGCCUCAGACAUUGACCACAUGUGAGCGUCCGCUUAUCCCUUGGGAUCUUGAAGUUCGGACUACAUUCCAGGGUACCGACGAAGAUAUUGAGGCAUUUGUCCACUUGGAUUAA